AGUAAUCAAGAAAUGAAGUUGAUGUAGUCAUGAUCCAGUUAGAUCUGGUGGAUACUAGGGUUGGACAUAUUUAGAAACGUACUACCUAGGAAGUCAGGAUACAUAUGACCGAAAGCAGUAUGCUGGGUCCGGGCUUCCGCACUCCGUCGGCGCAAGCGGGGUCGUGCAUCGACGCUUAGAAAUGCCAGCAUGUUGAACUACUACGACAGCCUUGAUGCGUAGCAAGCAUGAUGCUGGAGUUUACCGAACUUGGGACGCGGUGGCAAGAGCCCUCGCUGAUGAAUGGGCGGCCAUCACGACAUUCUCGGCAGCGCAACAUGCAGGUGAGCAAGCUGUCUGUGGUGCUGAUGGGAGCAGCGGUGCAGCAGAGGAUAGCAUGCGUCACAGCCCUGGAGGUAGAUAGACACCAAAUGGAACAGCAACAUUUUAGCAGUAAAAAUUUAGACAAACACCAACGAGAACAACAACAUGAACGUGCUACAACUCAAAAAGGCGGCGACUUCGUAUACACCUACAAGGGAACCGCCAAGAAGGACAGCACGAAAAAGAGCAAUGCAGGCCUCGACGAGACUGGUGAGGAGGAAGGGCGAACUACCAAGAAUGGAGGAAAGGGACACGUGGAGAAAAUAGCUGUGGCAGCUGAGCGAGGACGUAGAUCUGCGCUCAACAAGGCGCAGUCAACAACGCAUGCGCACGGUGUUGCUAGAUCGAAGAAGAGAAAAUCUGACCCCGUUGAAGCUUCCACACUCACGCAGGACGAACAAGUGACCACAGAUGUACUGUUCUAGUACCUUUUUGAUGUUGUCGCUCUUGACGUCAUUCUUGACUAUAGUUGGUAUCUGCAAGCUGCUACGCAGACAGGCUGUUUUGAAACGUUUGCUUACAAAAACAGUCGUUUUGACGCAGGCAGAGGCGGACUGCGUAGAGUUUUGAGGCGAGAGUUGUGGGGUCGCUUAGAUGGCGAGUCACUGACUCGCUGAAGCGGUGACUCACUGACUCGCUUAAGCGGUGACUUACUGACUCGCCUAAGCGGUGACUCACUGAGUCGCCUAAGCGGUGAUUCACUGAGUCGCUUAAGCGGUGACUUGAGUCGCUUAAGUGGUGACUUCCCGAAGCGCUUCUAUUUCGCGUGGGUCUACUUUCAAUUCUAAACCGAUCUUUUAGAAUUUUGGCCGAGGUUGUAUUACAAACUAGCAAAGUACACAGCAGUGUUUAUAACCGUUUUAUUCACACCUCUUUCAGACCGACGCUACACCAGUAUUGGAAUAUCCUCAUGCUGAGGGGUUUUGCGGUGGUCUGGCUCUUGGGGAGCACAUUUAUGUUCGCCCCUCAGGGGACGGCUCGGUUGGUUCCAUCACCACUGCUCAUGGUGCAACGCUCGCGAGUUAUAGUAGUUCUCAUGGCGGGGAUGAGGUCUACAUGACUUUAGGAGUCCGAGAUCAAGGUGGAAUUAUCAACGUGGACGCAGCUCUCGCCAAUAACUUACCGAACCUGGUACUCUUAUUUUUAUUUCACCCUAUCCCUAUCCGUUAUUGAAGGAGCUGGCUUUGAUAUAGGUUGACGAGAGCCAACGUAACAAAGUAUCUACCAGUUUGCUCGUGCUGUCACUGGGAACAUCAUGCUAUCUUCCUCCGAAUUUUCAGUCGCGCGUUUGUAGCAGGCAUGCAAUGUGAAGUAGUUUUCUUUACUUCUUCAUAUAGAGUGAUUUAUCCUCGAACUCUGUUGACGCCAGGUUACUAAUCUGGAUGCGGUCCCGAAGUUUUUGCAUGAGACGGAAUAUCCAGUGGGGCAUCGGUACGUAGUGGUAAACUGUGAUUUUAGCAGAGUGCUCUACAACGUUCUUGUUUCCACUGAUUCGCCGGCCGCUGGAACGAAGGCGAGCUUCGUCUACGACAUUUGGACACCGAGCUUCCAAACUCUGGUAGCGACAUCGCGCGAAAGCGACAGUGUAAAAGGGCAACUGGUCUUCCGACUACCCGCAUCAGCGCAUGCGGCCGCCGGGAGCGUCCUUGCUGGAUCUGUUGCGUCGCGAAGACUAGCAGAAAGUGUCCACAUUUUCAAGGGUAUGAAGAGGUGAUGGUUCAAUCCUCUGCACAUUUUUAACUCUAUAUAGAACUAGUGACUUUGAAGCGUCCUCGGUAAACCUCAUUACUCAUGAUCUUUAUCCUCCGCGUCGAUGCCUCCAGUCUCACUCUGCAACAAAGCCAUUCGAAAUAGUUGUCGUUGGUUUUUCUCGUGACUAUCGAUGUCUCUGUGCAUCAUACAUCAAUUACAUUUUUUGAAAUAACCAAAACCAAUAGAGAGCGAGUACUUUAGUACUCUUCUCCCUUCCAUACUACUCUUCUCCCUCUCAUUUGUGCGCAAUCUCCGAUGCUACGAGAAGCAAGCGAUCCGGAACCACCUGCGGCGAACAGUGAGCUGGCUUUUUUUGAGAUGCGUUUUGAUCCUACAAGCACAUCCGAGCUUGGGAUUACGGCGAACCGUUGGGUCCUAGCAUUGCUGGUGGCACAUUUAAGGGCAAAUCAGGUACAUUGAUCGAUGUCCAUCGGCUGGAUGGACAUCUUUUUAACAUAUUACCAAAUAAAAGGAUGGGUCAUUUGGAAGGACAUUUCAUGAAGUGCUCUGUCGUAAUAUCAUAAUAUUCUUAAAUUCGAUCAAAAGAGCAAAUUUUUCAUUGGGAUACUCGAUUAGCGACCGCAACAUGCUCAUGAGUAAAGGUAGAGCCAAAGGGUAAGCCGGAAUGCUUGAUGAUAAACAUCUUUGCCAGCCCGAGCUCUAACUCAGCGGGCAAUCUUCGCGACGCCUGCCUCGGCCGGCAGUAUCAGGGCGGGGUCUCUGGGCUCUUCGGGACAGCACGCUCUGGAGAUGGCGGUAGUUAAGGCCACAACCAUGCCUUUGUGAAUGAGCAAACAAAAACUCGCUGUACAAGAAGAAUUUGCUCGGAUAUACAAUGAGUAUCAAGAACAUUGACAAGUAAGCCAUACUGUCUCUACGAUUGUCACGAAUUACCACAUCAGAGGCACAGAGAUUGACAUGUACAACUAGGCCCUUUCUGGGUAUAUCAUCAUCAUCAACUACGCCCUUCUUCUUCGUUCUAAUACACCGGCGGGAAUGGCGCUGUUGGGGAUUUGUUGUUUUUGCCACCUAAUCGUUUCGAUUUUUCACCUGGUUUAUCCUCCGAGUAUUGAGGGCGAAAUUUGGCAGCACGAUCCGCCGAAGUACAAGAACAAAUACAAUCCCAAUCUGAGCAACCAAAACAGCAACAAUUAAGACAAGGACUACUUGAAUCAGCAUUGCUUCAUAUUUGUAAUCGGAUUUGAUACUUGAAGGACUUGCUCAUAUUUGUAGUAAUCGAGUUGAUUUUGACACGUUUGAGGAAGAAAAGUGGCGAAUAUGAAAGGCAAAUAUGAGGAGUUGUUUCAACCUCUAAAACAACAACAAUAACAACGCCGUAUUCUAUGUACCGCCACCAACAUAAGAAGUGGUAGUGAUCGAGUUUUCGUUCGUAGGUGGGUGGUGGCGAAUAGGAGUACGAUUUGAGCAGUCAACCAAGAGCACGCCUCGGAACAGAAGAAGCAACGACGGACGUGGUGCGUGGACAAUGCUUCUUUUUCGAAUUUUUUUUUGCGUAUCUUCGUUCUGGACCAUCAUGGGGGAAGUUGGUUCGCACCGGUUUCACACCAGGGGCAUUGUUCGGGGGCUCACGACAACUACCACGAUCUUCCUCGAGUCACCUUUGCACGCUUCGAUGUGCCCACUUUUCGUUGGCAGCUAUUGACUCAUUUGCACCAUUUUUGUCCUCUUUACAUGUUCUGAGGUCAGAGUUUACUGUGGGCAGUGGACAGAAGAACUUGCAACUGGCUAGUGCUUGUCACAGAGCACCAGGUGUACUAACCAAGCACAGUAGAGUUGCUAAUGCCGCAGAGAGAGGGAAAAUGUAGCUGCAUAGAGGCCGGUGUAUAGAUUUCAAGUAGAUGUUGAUUUCCUCUGUGUGAUGCAUAGUUGAAGAGUUGGUUUCAAAUGUUCUAUUCUUACACGGAGAGUGCUGCUGCUCAGUGCUGUUUUGUGGUUUUUCUGAUGUCAACAUAUUGAUAGUUUGCGUCGUACUUGAGCAGGAC